GUAUAGAAUAAUCUCCAUAUACUACAUUAUCAUACCCUAUUUUCUUUGACGUAGUGGUUGUAACAUUGAUAAUAGAUUCCUGAACGUGUCGAAGCAGUUUGUUCAUUAUUCAGACUCUCAUUCAGUUUGAUCAAUUCCAUGUCAAUUGUGUAUACAACAUAAUGUUUCGACAAUUAUUUUUCCUAGCCAGUUGGACGAUGCUAUACUCGGUUGUAGACGCGAAAAGAAUUUCACAAAUCAAAUGCGAAGAAUACAUCAACGGAACAAUAACAACCGUCCGAGUGAUCCCUCUUCUUCCAAAUCCAACUCCAAAGGAGAUCCAUGCGUUCAACUGCUCGAAGUCGGUGGAUCUAAUUGUUGGCGGUGUGGAAGCCAAGAAGGGUGAAUUCCGACAUCACACCCUGCUCGUAUGGGAAACCGACCAGCCGGACGUGUACUCGUUCCACUGCGGCGGAACGCUUAUCAGCGAUCUUUACGUCCUGACGGCAGCUCACUGUACAUCGUUGGGAACGGGCCACCGUGUGAGUCCUAAAUUUGUACGACUCGCUGAGUUGGAUUUGAGUGCUGAUGCUGGUGAGAUUGACAUCGACAUCGAUUCCAUUACUAGGCAUCCGCAGUACAGAUUCGGAAGAGUUUAUAAUGAUAUUGCGCUGAUUCGGCUUGCGGAGCGUGUGCAUUUCUCAUCAGUUGUUCGACCUGCUUGCUUGUGGGAUGGUGAAGAAAUGAAUUUUACCUCCGUGAUUGCAACGGGAUUUGGAAGAGUUGACUUUGAUGAAUCCCGGAACUCCGAUACGCUCCGUAAAGUACAACUGGAUAUCCUGAAACCGAAUGUUUGCAGUGAGCAUUUUUCGGGUACUCGUAACUUCAAUCGAGGAAUGACUGACCAGUUGCUAUGCAUUGGAAGUAAAGUGGGUGGACGAGAUACGUGUCAAGGUGACUCCGGAGGUCCGAUUCAGGUGCUGUUGAAUCCUCGAGGGUGCAUUUAUCACGUGGUUGGUAUUACCUCGGCAGGGUUGGCUUGCGGACUAGGAAAUAUGCCGGCGUUAUACACCAAAGUAUCAAGCUAUAUCGAUUGGAUUGAAGGAAUUGUAUGGGGUUGAUACUCCUGUGAUAAUUUCGAUUAGAGUCAUGUUUUAUAAGUAGGCUUUGCUGUUUGUACAAAACUUUUAGAAAUUAUUUAUACAUAUCUCGCGCUUAGUUUCAUAGGGGCGUAACUGUAUUGAUCGAUUUUAUAUUUUGUUAAUAACUCAAUUGUUUCGAAAGCUGUGAUUAUUGAUUCUGGUGCAAGUUACAAUUAGGGGAAACUGGGAUAAUAUGCACCCCCGAGGCAAAACAACCCUU